ACGUAACUGGAUUCCCCAAUCCGCUGCUGAUAAUGUUGCGCAUGCGCACAAUCAAGACUAGUUCAGAGCAGCCUGACCUGUGCAUCUCUCACGUGCUGGGAAGACGAAGCUCCAGCUGGAACAUCCAGGGUUCAGCUGCUGUGACAAAAUUGUGGAGCUACAAACAACGGUAGUUUUUUUUUUUUUUUUUAGCUGACAUCAUCAUAUCUCAACUAGUGACUGAAUUACCCCCAUAACAAAAUAUGGAGGGGGCUGUGGUGAACAACCUCAUAGACUUUGACUCGCCCCCAGAAGGGACAGCUCCCUCUGUUCUUGGACCUCCCAGUGGGGUGGGAUUUUUUUCAUCCGAGCCUCUCGUCCCUGCGAGCGACGCCACAAUGGAGCCCCUUCUACCAGAGCCAAUGGCCCCCACAAACACUUCCCACAGAGAAGAAGAUAGUGAUGCCACUGAAUCUGCCGACAGCAACAACGAGGACACAGACUCCCCAUCGCACCCACGGGGCACGCGACGGUCCUCAUCCUGCUCCAGUCACAGUGCUGAGGACGCAGAGGAGACGGAGAUAAGAGCGUUCAUGAAAACCUACGUGGCAAAGCUCUUCCAUGAAAGGGAGGACUUUGAUCAAGAGGAGAAGGCUCACUUUGGAGAGCUGUGCACUGGAGAGAACGGCAAAGGCAGGGAGUGGUUUGCCAAAUAUAUCAGUGCACAGCGCUGCCACUCCAAAUGUGUGAGUGAACAGACGUUCUACAGGCUGGUGCAGUCCUUCGCUGUUGUUUUAUUUGAAUGUCACCAGGUGGAUGAUUAUGGCCCAGCCAAACACCUCAUGACCAUGUGCUUCACAUAUUACUACAUGGGUAAGGUCCAGCUAUCUCCCACAGAGCUGCUAGAGAGGCCCAGUGGUGGGAUCGACUCGUACCUGCGCAGUGGAAAGGUCUGGCUCUCUGGGAAGAAAGAUAUUGCAGAGCGACUGCUCAAAAACACCUCCACUAAGACUGAUGUUAAAGGAUUCUUUGGAGGCCUGGAGAGCAAGUUGAGAGGGCCCUUGGGCCGAAAGAAUGAAGACACGGACAAACCUUUUGAACAGAAUACCAAAACUCCAGUUUCCCCCCCUCUCUCCCCAGAUAGAAAAGAAGAGGAGAAAAUCUACCUGUACACACACCUAAAACAGCAGCCCAUUUGGCACACUUUGAGGUUUUGGAACGCAGCGUUUUUCGAUGCCGUCCACUGUGAGAGAAAUAAAAGAUCCCCCACCACGAGGCGGACGGCUGAGGAAGAGAAAGAUGAAAGAGAAAAGUGGUGUCAUAUGACCCAGGAAGAGAAAGAUGAUAGCUCCAGAUUUAAUAAGAACAUCACUUUUGGUCAGCUGGGAACAUUCACCCAUAACAUGGUGGCUUUUGGAUUGAGCAAGAAACUCUGCAAUGACUUCCUGAAGAAACAGGCAGUCAUUGGAAAUCUGAAUGAAGAGCAAUACAAGCUGCUGUGUGACCACAUUGAGGAGAUGGCUGCAGAGUGAAUUUCCAAAACCAUCUAAACUCUACCAUUCACAUCAGCAUAUCCAUUCAAGCUCUGAUGAUCAGUAUUCCACAAAGAACUAUAGGAAUAAAAGUGUCCUUUGAGCAAAUACAAUGACAAAUAAUGAACAAAAAAUACACUCUAACAAUAUCAGUAUUUCAUUAUAUCAGUAUCAACUAAAUCAAUAUUAUUACUCAAUAUUUCUAAGUCCAUCUGCUAUCAAGAAGUCUCUACUGGUCUGUUCUUGUUAUAUGUUCCCAUUUAUUGCACUUUUCUGAUUUUGUGUUCUUCCUGUAUGGAUAAAUUGAGUAUUAAUUGUGUUGGUGAGAUCCUCAAAAUAUAUUGAGACUGGAACUAUGUCUAUUCCCUGGUUUAAAGUGCCUUUAGUCAUUUAUGUAAGUGGUGAUCUUCCCAUUUUAGUGCCAACAAACCUGUGUCAGCAUGCUUUUAUCCUCCCAUGACUCUUUGGGGUAGCGCUCAUAAGUUUGUGCACCCUGCCAAUAGAUGUGUUAGUGUUGUAUGGAUAAUGCUUGCGGUUGGAAUUCAAGUCAGUUACAGAAAAGUAUCAUGCUGCAGCUGUUUCGAUGUUGUACAGUGUUGUGUCUUUAGCGCACGGUAUGCAUGCACAUUGUUUACCAUCUGCUUACACUGUUGUGCAAUUACAUUUCAAUCCAGUAGAGGGCAAUCAUAACCCUCCGCUUCGACUGUAGAUCGGUGGAGGUGAAUGUCAACCACUGAGUGGGGUCUUGUAUUGAACCAUAUGUCCUCCAUCUGAGGAAAAUGUAAAGUUAAUAUAUUUGGUUUGUAAAUACAGAAUGUUUUGUUCACAGAAUAAUGAGGAAUUGGAUGCCAAAUAUGGGCUGCUUUAAAGGGGUCGUCAGA